AUGUGCUGUGGCUCAAAAAGUUUGGACAACACUGCUUUAGAAGCAGACAGUAGACAGAGAAACUCAAGUUUUUACAAAAGUCAAAUGACAUUACAUCUUUACUUUAUGACUGCAGUCCUUUGGGGUGUUACAAAUGUUUUGCUGAAAAGGAAUUCAAAAGGAAUCAAAGACAUAAAAAUUGAAAAUUCAAAAGUGAAUCAAAUUUUAGCAGAAUUAAAGUAUUUGGCGACAAACUGGAAGUAUUUCACAACAUUCGGUGUCAACCAACUUGGAUCAGUCCUAUACUUCUAUGCACUGAACCAGAAGCUGUCAAGCCUUUCAGUUGCUGUAAUCUUCACAAACUCUCUAACAAUGCUCAUCACAAGUGUGACUUCAAUAGUCCUAGAAAAUCACAAAAUAAGUUUAAGGAUCCUCCUUGGAGGGGUUUUAGUGACAUUAGGAAGCUCCUUAAUUUGCAUCUCACAUGAGAGCUAGAAGUUGAGGAUGAUGUCGGAUGUUUAGAUUAAUGGAGAGGAUGCAAUGCUUAGUUUAAGUCUUAUUUGUAGAUAUUAAGAGCUGUGAGAUAUUUUAGCUAUUUGUAGAGCCAUUAGUAAUUCUUGAAGGCCUGAUUUGUUAAGAUACACACUAUAUUAAUGUGUACUAUUGAGUCUAGGGUCAGUUCCUAGUAGCUACUUGUUGUAUCUUCCCUAGAAUCAAGAAUUAAUGUUCUACAUUUAGUGUUGUGCUUAAAAAUCGACUGAAACCAGAAAAAAUCAUCCCAACAAGUCCUAGAAACUGGCUAUAGAAUUACAAACAGGAUGUCCAAAGUCAUUAAACCCCAAAUAGUCCCAAAAAAUUAUCAGACAGCAUCCAUAAUCCCAACCCACCUAAAUUAAUAUCAUAAAUAAUUAAAUAAAUUUCAUAAAAUUUCAAAAAAUUC